CAGGACCUGCAGCAAGUGAUGGUGUCGGGGCCCAACCUCAACGAAACCAGCAUCGUAUCUGGUGGCUACGGGGGCACAGCAGAAGGCAUCAUCCCCACCAGCACCAUCAAAGGCCGGUCCUGGAGUUGCAGAUGCUCUUGACAGCAAGGCAUCCUGCCUGCCAGGCGGUGGCAUGGACAGGCAUUCCACAGCCCCGGGGCCCUGCUGGUGCCUGCACCCCCCUGGGAUCACUGUCCAGGUCCAGUGGGUCUGUGAUGAUCAUCAGUGGUGAUGGGCUGGGUCAAGCCAGCACUGCUGGGGCAGCUCUGGCACAGCCAUAUCCCUCCUGGUCCUGUUUCACACAAGUUUUUGUCCCCUGACUCUUGCUCCAAGCGGCUGUUCCACAGCAGGCUGUUGCUCAACCCUGGGCACUCUGUGCCAUGCUGGGCCUAAGCGAGUGGAUUUGCACAGGUAGAGGGAAUGUAUGCAUUUGCUCCCGGCCUGCUGUGCCAGAGCAGCAUGGGUGGGUGCCAGGAGGGGGCAUGCAGGAGUGAAAUAAUGGACUCAAUGACAUAUCAAUAUGAUCCUAGUUGAAGACGCUUUACUUAAGUUUCUGCAAGCUUAUAUACAAUUUUCAUAUUCGUACACACAUCACACCUUAAUUCUGUUGGUUACAUACCCUGUUCAGACACUGCUAUACUAAUUGGUUAAAAUUAACUAAUUGGUUAAAAGCACACGAGCAGUUAGUCCCAUCUUUAAAAUUGUUGACAUUCCUGCAGUUAUCAGCUCCCAGCUCAGCUCCUGUUUUUCUGCCUGCUUAACUGCCAAAGAUCCCGUUUUCUUUGUUCUCAGUGUCUUUCUCACAACCUUGCGGCCUUGCUGAGCAGGCAAAGCUUUUAAUCGUAUCAAGCUGCUAAGGCAAGAGUGCGUUUUGAUAGGCCACAUGUCCCUUUUCUUCCAAAUACGUUGCCACAGGGGCAUGUGUAGUGGUUUCUGUCCCCAUGUCUCUGUCAUGCCAGGCCUGUCCAGCUCUCAGCUCACAGGACACAAUGGUGUCAGCUGAUGGGAUGGAAGGAGUGGGGAGGGAACGAUUGGUAUGGGAGGUGGCCGUCUGGCAGCCAGCUGUGCCUUCUGAUUUCACUUCACACUCAUCUGCUCCCAUUGCUCUCCCCUGCUGCCAUCCUACCCGCACACUCAUCCUUUGUCCUGCCCAUUCCUGCCCCCAUGCCCGUCACACCACCCCAUCUCCUCUCACCCCUCUCUGCUCGACACCUGCCAGCCCCUCCAUUUCCAGGCUGUCUUGUCCAACCUCACCCACCCCGAGGACCAUCCGUCUCCCCCAGUGCAUCUGCCGCCAGCAGGAUGGCCAACCAGGGUGGUGCUUCAGCAGGCUCUGGGCUGCACCAGCCCCACCCCAGCCCAGCCACUGGAGGAGAGGAAGUCGUCCGUGGCAUCGCCGUGGAGAAGUUUGAUAUCGUCAAGAAAUGGGGUAUCAACACAUACAAGUGCACCAAGCAGCUGAUCUCAGAGCGGUUUGGCCGGGGCUCCCGCACCGUGGACCUGGAGCUGGAGACGCAGAUUGAGCUGCUCCGGGAGACAAAGCGCAAGUACGAGUGUGUGCUGCAGCUCGCACGGGCUCUCACCAACCACUUUUACAGCCUGGUGCAGACACAGCACGCCCUGGGGGAUGCCUUUGCGGACCUCAGCCAGAAGUCUCCUGAGCUGCAGGAGGAGUUUGGUUACAAUGCGGAAACGCAGAAACUGCUCUGCAAGAAUGGAGAAACACUACUGGGUGCUGUCAACUUCUUUGUCUCCAGCAUCAAUACACUGGUGAACAAGACCAUGGAGGACACACUCAUGACAGUCAAGCAGUAUGAGACAGCCAGGCUGGAGUACGAUGCGUACCGCACGGACCUAGAGGAGCUGAGCAUGGGCCCUCGGGACGCCAGCACCCUGUGCCGGCUGGACGCGGCCCAGAGCCAGUUCCAGAGUCACAAGGACAAGUACGAAAAGCUGCGUGCUGAUGUGGCCAUCAAGCUCAAGUUCUUGGAGGAGAACAAGAUCAAGGUGAUGCACAAGCAGCUACUGCUCUUCCACAAUGCCAUCUCUGCCUACUUUGCUGGGAACCAGCAGCAGUUGGAGCAGACCCUCAAGCAGUUCAACAUCAAGCUGAAGACCCCUGGUGCUGAGAAGCCCUCCUGGCUGGAGGAGCAGUGAGCCGCCCCCACCGCCCCCCUGUGUGCUCUGGCCACGGGCACCAUGGACCUGAAUUGUGACCUCUGGCCGCUGGCGUGGGGCUGGGCCACGUGCUCGGGGGUGAGCGGGGGAUGCAGCCUGGGCCCUGCUGCAGCCAGGGGCUGCCUGCUGAGCACGGGAGGGGGUCUGGUUUGGCAGGGAGUGGGAGGCUGCAAGCAGGGCCCUGGUCCUGCCUGGGGAGAGGAGCCUGGGGAGGCUGGGGCGCUCCCCAUCCCACGUCUCCCCUUCAGGGCAGAGUCCAGCCCUGCCUGGCUCGUUUGCACUCUCUCCGCACAGACCCCUGGCACUGCACGAUGGCUGGGAGCCCCCCCUGCCUCCCGGCACCCCUGCGGGCCAGCAGACACCUCCUGCGCUGGGCCCGCAUGCCCCAGACCCCACUGCACACCCUGGGGUGGGACAGGACGCCCCACAGUUCUCCCUCUGCCAGCCCCCAGGGGCAGAACAGGAGUGCAGCCCCCUGCCCCGGGCCUCCUCCCUGCCCACCAGGAAUAGCCCUGCCCUGCCGCCUUCAUUUCCAGAUGAAGACGAAGCUAUGGAGGGGCUGCGGGUUCCCACCCGCUGCAGCUGGCAGCCUGGGGGCUGGGUCCUGCCUUCUCUCCCAGCUUUGGGGUUGCUGCAGCUCCCUCCUGGCUGAUCCCUGGUGUUUCCCAGGCAGCUGCUCUUGCACUCCCCCGCCAAGCUGACCCGGGGGCCACCCCCCCAGCCUCACACUACACUCCCUCAUGCGCAGGGUGGGCUGUGCCGGCUGUCUUUGGGCCUACAGCAUGCCUGUCCUCCCCUCCGCAUCCCCCAGCCUGGGCUGUGCUUACCCGGUCUUUGGUGGGGGGCCCUGCGCACUGCUGCUAGCCAGGGGUGGGUGGGCAGGUGCUGGCCAGGCACGGGUCCUCUCACCGCCCUGACGCUUGGAGGCCAGAUGGCUCCAAAGUGGGGACUCAAACCAAGGACCAAACGCUGGCCGCGUCCCAGGAAGGUGCAUGUGCAUGCCUGCGUGCGUGUGCCGAGGGCACGUGUGCCGAGGGCAUGUGUGCCACGCGCAGCAGUGCCAGGGCCUUGGCCGGCGUCCCAAUGAGAGAGCUCUGUCCCGCUCCAGCUGAGUGUUGCUUCCAGCCCUGGCCACAUGCAGCACUUGGGCACUUUCUCCUGAGACAAAACAGUUAUGUUUUUCUUGCUAAUUUAAUCCCUGAUAAUUUAAUAUUAGUCUGGAUCUGACAACCCCUCCCCCCGCCUUUCCCGGUGAAGGUCUUCCCUCCCUACUUGUGUAAGACUCCAGAAUAAAACGGUACGGAUCA